CGUAUGUUAUAAAAAAUUAGGUACAGAGAAUUCCUGUAUGUUCGAUGGGAAAUGUGCUGCUAACGACGUGGAAGUUGACAGGGUAACCAAAUAUGGAUGAACGAAGAAGUCCCAGUGUUGGAGUGAAAUCAUGUGUAAUACCAAGCUAGUGUCCAGCAUGAAGUGAGCUGAUCAAAUUACUCCAUUUGGUCGAAGGAUUGUGGAAGGAAGUCUUCAAGUGAUUGGGUUGCUGAUUCUGGCAACUCUAGGGGUUCGGACUCGUCGUUCUGCGUGCAGAUUGGAUGGAUUUUGGUGUUUGUCGUCCCACGAGGGGCAUCCUGGAUCAGUCGUGGAAUUGGUCCAUUUCCCUGAUUCCUGGUUUUAAGUGGUGCUUGUGUAAAUUUACUGCAGAACCUCGCAGUGUGGUUAGGUUCCCCAUAAAGUUGACAGGUGAGUUUUACAACAUUAUUAUUACUAUCACCGAACCUGAGUUUGUGUCUGGCGAUUUCACUUUCAACUUGCACUGCACAAUCGUACGUUUCUUCCAGAGGUCGAGGAUUUUGGAACUGAAUUCUCAGUCGCAUAUCUGGAGAUGGUUUCUCCUCCUCGAUGAUGUAUUCAUAGGGAUCCUUAACACGCGCAGUGUAAUUCAAUAUGUUUUCUUUGGGUGCUUUGCUGAUGUUGGCGAGUUCCCCACGACAAUGAUUGGAAUUAUAGAGCGGUGGAAAAAACUUUCGCAGUCUUUGCUAAGUUGUUCGAUGAUUUUUAUCUGCCUGUCUUCUAUGACUUGGCACGCGUGUCCUUGUAAUUUAUUUUUCAAUAAAAUUAAUAGGUGCUGGUGCUGUUUCUUUGGAACAUCUGGUUCUGCUUCUCUGCACGCUCUGAUGAAUUGUUGUACAGGUAUGUUACAACCGUCGAACUUGGAAACAGAUUCUGUUGCGUCUCUUGCUGUUUUAGAGUCGCUCGAAGACGAAGAUGCUGCGAUGUUGAAUGCUGUUGUCCUCAUGAUGGCUGCGAACUGUUCGAUGGCCUUCCUCAUAGCCCUGAGUUCGUCUUGCAAGGUUGAAUCGAUGUCCUCGAGCAUCGCGAACUGGUGUUCGAAGGGCAACUCACAACUUUUACGAAGUUCUUCGCGCGAUUCUACACUGAAUUCACCUUCGUAGCUGUUAUUAGCAUCACACGCGGAGUCUUGACUGUACAUUUUAAAAAUUUUAAGAAUUUAAGCACUGUUUGUUCAAUAAAUAUAUAUUAAACUUUGAAUUUG